AUGCUGCAACUUGAUGAUAGAUCUAUUGUCCAUCUCGAGGGGUUGAUAGAAGAUGUGCUACUACAGAUUGGGCAAUUUAUUCUUCCAGCAGAUUUCAUUAUAUGGGACUAUGAAGCCGAUGAACACGUCCCCAUCAUCGUGGAACGAACUCUCUUAGCUACCGCUGAUGCUGUGAUAAAAGUACGUAAAGAAAAAAUUAUUCUCCAGGUUGAUAAUGUAGAAGCAAUCUUUAAUGAUACAAGGAGGAAAAAAAUGCUUCGCGUGCUUAGAGAGCACCAGCUUGCGAUUAGAUGGACCAUGGCUGACAUUUGUGGAAUUAUCCCAUCGUUUUCUAUGCAUAAAAUUCUCAUGGAGGAUGGGUACAAACCAAGUGUGGAACACCAACGCUGCUUGAAUCCAGUCAUGAAAGAAGUGGCGUAUGAGGAGCUUAAAAAGAGAUUGGUAAUUGCACCAAUUAUCACUGCCCUGGACUGGGGUGAGCCUUUUGAGUUGAUGUGUGAUGCCACUGACACGGCAAUCGGGGCCGUACUGGGCAAGAGAAAAAAUAAAGUGUUCCACUCAAUUUACUACGCUAUCAAAACUUUAAAUCUAGCACAUAUAAAUUACACGGUUACAGAAAAAGAGUUACUAGUGGUAGUAUGGGCAUUUGACAAAUUUAGGGCCUACAUGGUGGGAACUAAAGUCAUCGUCUACACAGACCACGCAGCCAUCAGAUAUUUGUUUGAGAAAAAGGAUGCUAAGCCUAGAGCAAUUAAAUGGGUUCUUCUUUCGCAGGAAUUUAAUGUGAGAAUUAGAGAUCGAAAGGGGACUGGAAAUCAAGUAGUCGAUCACUUGUCGCACUUGAAAACUUGCGCACAUAUUGAUGAAGAGGGCAAGAUUUAG